CAUACCCAUUUCUGUGCUGUGGACUCGGCUCUCAGCAUCUUGGCGGCGGCGGCGGCUGCAGCAGCAUCUCGCACCGGAGCGGGCUGGAUGCGCGCGGGUCUCGGGACUGAGGCUCGCAGCAGAGAGGAGACAGUUGUUUUCCCGGUAGCGGACUUGGAGCACCGCUCUCCAAUAUAUACACCACGUCCGGACCGACAGCUGUUACCGGAGGUGUCAGACAAAAGCUGGAGGCGAGACCCAGGACAUGAGGAGCGAGCGGGAGACUCAGCCGUCCGUGUUGAGAGGGAACCGGGAGAACCGGAGCAGUGACAGGCAGAACCGGGAUGUGGAAGUGGGGGGAAUGGCGAGCACCGUGAGGCACAGAGAGGAGAGGAAGGCGGCUCUAAGCAAAGUGGUAAUACGGCGCCUUCCUCCCAGCAUAAGUAAAGAACAACUAGAGGAACAACUACAUCCUUUGCCAGCACACGAUUAUUUUGAAUUUUUCACUGCUGAUCCCAGCUUAUACCCACAUCUCUUCUCAAGAGCCUACAUUAACUUUAGAAAUCCUGAAGACAUUCUUCUUUUUAGAGAUAGAUUUGAUGGAUUUAUCUUCAUUGACAACAAAGGUCAGGAGUUUCCUGCUGUGGUUGAAUUUGCACCUUUUCAAAAAAUUUCCAAAAAGAAACUAAAGAAAAAAGAUGCAAAAGCUGGAAGUAUAGCUGAAGAUAUAGAGUAUAAGAAGUUUUUGGAGAACUAUUGUGCUGAUGAGGAAAAGAUUUGCGCAAAUCCAGAAACGCUCUUAGGAGAAAUUGAAGCAAAAACAAAGGAACUUAUUGCCAGAAGGACGACUCCGCUUCUAGAAUUCAUCAAAAACCGGAAAUUAGAGAAACAGAGAAUACGAGAAGAAAAAAGGGAAGACAGGAGACGACGGGAAUUGGAGAAAAAGCGCUUGAGAGAGGAAGAAAAAAGAAAAAGGAGAGAAGAGGAAAGGCGUAAAAGGAAGGAAGCUGAUAAGCAAAAGAAAAUGUGCGAAAAGGAAAUACGAAUUAAGCUUCUUAAGAAACCUGACAAGAGCGACGACAUAAUCAAUGAGAAGCAAAAAGAGAAAAUAGAAGACAUUGAGCUAGAGGAAACAAAAUGGGAAAAGUCUUCUUCUGGGAUCAUCAAAAUGAGAACUUUUGACCACUUUGUCAAGGAACUCAAGGAAAAGACUCAGAAUGAAAGUGACAAGGAACAAAGAGAUAAUGACAGGAGAUUUCGAGAUAAAGAACAAGAAAGGCAAAAGUAUCAGCGCAUGGAGGAUGGCAGAAAAUCGAGAACCCACUUUGAGUUUGAGAAGUUAAUAAGGCGGAAUGAAGAUGACCAGAAAUGGGGAAAAGCAUACAACCAAGACCGGGUCAAGAAAGGAAGUCACAGCAACAGCUUUUCAGGGGAUGCUGUAGACAAACUGGGUAAAGAGGACAAGUGUGAUGACAUGGCAUCCAAAAAGGAGCGCAUAAGAAAUAAGGAUCGUACGGCCAUGCAGUUAUACCAGCCAGGAGCUCGCAAUCGCAUAACUACAGGAUUUGCAAGUAAAUAUGUGGAAGAGGCCUAUUACAGAAAGAAUGAUGUAGACAAUAUACCAGGAAGACAACCAGAGAAGAAUGAAGAUGCUGGGUAAAACACAUUUGCUGAAAGUACAGUGUUCUGACCUGAAGAACAGAUCAUAGGUAGGCCAUAGAAUAUGGACAACAGAAUCUGAAACGAUGCCAUGCGUUGCCUGCCUCGUUAUUUCCAUGGAAAACAGAGCAUUAGUAAAGGAGGAAAAAAAUGUUGCAUACUUUUUUUUUUUGUUAACCCCUUCAGUGCCAAAUACCUCAUAAAAAAUUAUACAAUAGCCAGUUCAGAUGUACUUUUUAGGGUCAGAUAAAAUGAACAACUUUGAGCAACCCUUAUUUUAAAUUAUUAUUGUCUAUUCUGAAUCAUUAAUGUUGAUCUUAA